GGCGGCCGGGGUGGGGGUCGGCGUCGUAGCGCAUUUAGCGGCGGGCGGCAAGCCGAGAGCGCUCAGUCUCGCACGCACCUCAUCGUCGGUUCGACAUUAACAACAAACAUUCUCACACGGAUCACGUACCGACCGCGCUGUGUACACGCGCGCACCUCUCGAAAUUCAGUGCGCGACACUUUUGUCAAAUUUCCAACCCUUAAACAUCAUAUCAUCUCAGUGUGAUUGGUAUUCAACAAGUGCAGCAAUCAAUUUGUGCGUGCGAUUAAACCCAACGAGCGAAAACGCGAAUCGACUUAAGUAAAGUAAAACACAUAGUGGUGUGGUGGUGGUGAACGAUGAAUUGAAGUGCUUCCUGCGUGCGACGUGGAUUUCACCUCUCGAUAGAAACGUCGAGUUUCCGAGAUCCGUACCGAUUAGCUCGUCGCUCGCUGAUAUUCGAAACCACACACGAUGGCGAUGGCUGCCACCGUUGUCCUGACGCUGUUCGCGAUCCUCGCCGCCGUCACGGCGCGCAGCAAAAGUCCACUCAUCGACGAGGCCGACACGCGGAUGGUGAACAAAGCUGCCGAAUGCGUAUUUGGAAGUCAAAUCAAGGACCUCGGCAGCUCCUGGAUCCCAGACCUGGGCCCCCCGAUCAACGUCCUUUACUGCACCCGCUGCGAAUGUGUCAAAACGCAGCGGAAGAAGCGGAUCGUGGCCCGCGUGCAGUGCAGGAGCAUCAAGGAGGAAUGCCCGGAGCCCACCUGCGCCGAGCCGAAACUAGAGCCUGGCAACUGCUGCAAGACGUGUCCCGGCGAACCAUCCAACGAAGCAUUACAGGAUAUUAUACCGAAAAAUGUCGCUGAGGAAGAAGAAAAAAAUUCCAAACAUUAUGCUGCGUUACUGACUGGACGUUCAUCUCUAGUCCUACGUAAUGAUGACAACAAACCAAUCCCCAAUGACAAUAAAAACAAUGUCGUCGCCACUGGACGUUUCAAUUUCCACAGGCGCAGCUUAUACUACUCUUUCUACAUCUCCGACCGAGCUGCACGUCCAUACCGUCUACAAUUCGUAGACCCAGACGCAAACAUCCUCGAAGAAAUCACCCUGAGUGAAGCUGGCGGCUCUGUUAACAGCGUUUAUCAGAAUGCGACGCGUAAAGUGUGUGGCGUAUGGAAACGCCUCCCACGUGACUACCGCCGUCUCUUGAAAGAUGAACGCCUUUUCGUGGUCCUCGUAUGGGGCGCCACUAAUGAAUUCAUGUUGAGUGGACAGAUCAAACGCUACGCAGCCUUGGAUACAGAACUUUUUAGUUCACUCAUGGAACCAGCUCCGGGUACAACCAGCAUGCAAGGCGCAGGUGGUACCGGAAUCAUCUACACCAGCACUUCUUUGACUCCGAGCAUCCACGUGGCGAUUGUAUUCAAUGGUUUAUUCGAAGCGAAUGAAACCAAGGAUGUCCCUGUUGAGAUCACAUUGAUGGACGAGCGUAAAAUUCCUAUUUUAAAGGAGAUAAGAAUUGUGAGUAAACCCGCUUUGGAUUUGAAUUUGGUGGAGUUGAGUACGGUUGUGUCAGGACCUGAUCUACGGUCAUUGACAAGAGGAAGGUUAUUAUUGACAGUCGCUUCUCUAUCACGACCACAUUCAUUGAAGUUGGUUGGUAAUAUCAUGACGAAAACCACUUGUGAGUUGUUUCAAACGUUGUUGGUACCACCUCAAGGUGACACCACUGGACUUGCCUGGAUGUACCUGAACAAUGAAGGUUAUCUAGUCUAUAAUAUCCAAAUCGAUGGUCUAGGGCAUCAGAAACCCGACCUUAUUGUAUUAUCAGAUAUGUCUACUAAGAGAAAAGUUGAAUUAUUGGAUAUCACUUCUUCAUAUCACAAUGGCUGGGCUAAUGGUACCCAGGAUAAAAUCACGCCAAAGAUUAUCGAACCGUUGUAUUCUGGUAAUCUGUGGGUGAGUGUUGCAAAGGGGAAUUAUUCCAUGACGAAAGGUAAUUUUACAAUGGCGAAAGGGAAAUUGGUACCUAAGUUGGUAGCUGAUGCUAGAGAUGCACCUGCGCCGAUUUUAUUAAGACGGGAGAGUAAUGUACCCUCUAGUGCAGUGGGAUUGGCUUGGAUUAAUGUGGAUAACAUGUGUAAUUUACAUUAUGAUGUUACUUUGAGUGGAUUGGGACAUCCGGGACCUUUGGAUGUGUAUUUGGAGAUGUUACCAAUGAUUGCACCUGGAGCACCGGUUAUUCCAAGACAUUUGGGGGAAAUUGUUGGUGGUAACUUGGAUGGUUCCACCAAUGAUAUUUUACGUCGUGAGGAACUCAGACGGUUGGAUUCGGGUGUUGCGUUUUUGAAGAUCAAGGAUAAAUCGAGCAGGCAUAAUCUUACAUUGCUAGCAGCUACCUUAAAACAAAUUAAAGUGCCAGCGACUUGCCUACCACAAUUGACAGAUGACAAUAACGUAGGUCUUUCACAUCUCGACGCCAAUGAAGACAACAUGGCCCAAAAUGGUGGCGAUUGCUUCCAUGGUGGACGAUUCUAUACAGAUGAAGCCUCCUGGACAUCAGCGUUAAACCCAUGCGAAAUCUGCGUUUGUAGAAAUGGACAAAUCAAAUGCGAUACAGCAAAAUGUCCCCCUUUAAACUGUCCCAAUGGACAAAGACUCCAUCCGGGUGAUUGUUGUCCAGUUUGUAUUGACAAUGAUGACUCCUUUAAUGAUGACAACACACCACGCAGAUGUCAGUUCGGUGGUCGAACAUACGGUCACGGAGCUCGCUUCCAUCCAUAUCUUAUUCAAACAGGUUUUGAUGAAUGCAUAUGGUGCACGUGUAAAGCCACCCGCAACGAAACCGAAGUACAAUGUGCACGUAUCCAAAACGAAAAGUGUUGCCCAACGUGUAACCACCCUGCAGUGGUGGAUUCAAUGAAUGGCAGUAUGAUUGGUGACCGACCCAGAGACGCAUUCGCUCAUCAUCGACCACAUCAUGAUCCCAUACAGGAAACUAAACUACGAGCGGCGAAGAUUAUGUCUGAAGGUGGAUGUGAAAACCCUAAUGAUUCAUUACAACCCUAUAAGAAUCAACAGGUUUAUCAUCCUGUCAUUGCCAGCCUGGGAGAAUAUAAAUGUGUAACGUGUAAAUGCGAUAAAGGCGUUACAAAAUGUGAGCGACCACAAUGCACGAGAGAAAUGUGCGAUAAAUCCCGCAAGGCGCGCAGAGUCUGCUGCAAGCGUGAUUGCAUACGCUAUCGACAUAAGAACAAGAAUCAGCGCGCGAAAGGCAUCAGAUGAUCGAGCGACGCCGUAAAUAUUCCUUCUUCGAUUAAAACACAACGUGUUUGAUUCGUUCAACACGUCGCAGCGGCCGGGUGACUGUUUCAAUAUGGCCGCCCUUGCGCUGUUGGUAUUUGUUCGCGGGGGCGCGCGCGGACGCGCUAGCGUAUACAUUAUACACACUACGAUAUGUUAUUGUUUUAAAUUAUUGAAAUCAAACCAAAGAAGACUGAUAUGUAACGAUGUAAAUGUAACAUUUAACUUAAUUACGAGUUAAGCGGACGACACACGCACAGACACAGACCCACACACACACAAACACACACACGGCGAGCAGCAUGCGCGAUUAUUUAUUUUUUAUAUUAUGUAUAUCUUUUAUCCAAAAUGCCCUAAUGUUAACUAUUAUCUUUUAACUUAACUUUUGGCGGAUAAUGAGGUGGAUGUGUAGGAGGAGGAUGAAAAUUGGCGGCGAUGGUGUUUGUGAACGACACGCGCCGAAAUUGUUUAUAGUAUUUAAACACUUUGUAUAAAACGACACUCUCUGUUAUUUAAAUUGCUAAGUCGGUAUAUUUGAUUGCGGCUCUGCGUCUCUUUAUGAAGAGGAUCGUAUAUUGUACAUAGGCAAACAAAAUCGAAAAAUGUUUCAUGUAUUCUGUAUUAUUUGUAUUUUUUAAAUGUCUCUUAUUACUUACAUUAAAUUAUAAAUCUAAACAUUUUAAAA